GCACUUUACUGUCGUGUACUAGCUAUAUCGCAAUGCCUCGUAAUGCAUGAAGCAGAGAAGAAGAAGUCGAUGAAGAAAAUAUGAAGAGAAGGCGAUGGAGAAAGCCAUCUAAAGAUGUACCGGAGAAAGAAGAAGAGGAGAAAGGUGGGAGUGGUGGUGAAUUUAUUGGGGAAGCGGAAAAGGAGCAGGGAGAAACUGAAGAGCAAAACAGAGGUAAAAGGCGGCGUAAAACCCAGCUAGGAGGAGGAGAUAGAGGUGGCGGCCCAAAACUAAACAGAAUGCUCAAGGAUGAUAAUGGUAUUUUAAUUGAGUCCAAUAUGUGUCAUCAGUGCCAGAGAAAUGACAGAGGAAAGGUUAUUCGCUGUACCAUGUGUAAGACGAAGCGAUAUUGUCUCCCCUGCAUACAUACUUGGUAUCCUGGUGUUCAGAAAGAGGCUUUUGCGGAGUCAUGUCCAGUUUGUCGUAAGAAUUGCAACUGCAAAGCAUGCUUACGCAUGGAGAUGCCAAUAAAACACAAGGAGAAAUUAGAAUUGGAAUUCAGUGCUGAAGAAAAGAUGGAGUACUCAAAAUACAUCCUACAACUGCUUCUCCCUUUCCUGAAACAGUUCAAUGAAGAACAGAUGAUGGAGAAGAGGAUAGAGGCAAAGCUUAAAGGUGUUCUCAUUUUGUUUGCAGAAGCUCUGGGAUUCUGUUCUCCAUACUUGCCAGUUUUAGAGAUCAAGGUAGAGCGAGCAAACCACCAGAUGCAUGAGAAAAUUUAUUGCGACAACUGCAAAACUUCUAUUGUUGAUUUUCACAGAAGCUGCCCCAAUUGUGCUUAUGAGCUUUGUCUGCGUUGUUGUCAAGAGCUUAGGGAUGGCUGUCUGCAGGGGAGUGAUGAGGGAAAUAUUGUGGAAUUUAUUGAUCCGGGGCCAGAUUACUUGCAUGGCGUCGAGACGUGUCCUGUGAUGGGUUCAACUAAGAGCGGAAUGUGUGCUAGACAGUCUCGAACUAAAAUUGAUAUUUGCAAUGCAGAAAUUGAGAAUGCUUCUGUGGAUGAUUUGGACUUAGUUAGCCAAUGGAAAUCCAAUAAAGAUGGUAGCAUUCCCUGCCCUCCCUCUGAACUUGGUGGUUGUAGUAAGGGAUUUUUGGAACUGAAGUGCUUGAUUUCAGAGAAUGAGGCUCCUGAGUUGCUUGUCAGAGCAGAGAAAAUGAAAAAAGAAUUGAAACUUGAAGAUGUUCCUGCAAUUUCUAAGAAGUGGUGUUCUUGUUUACAAUUUGCAGAUGGACCCAAUGUUAGCUGUGGUAACUUGCGUAAAGCAGCUUCUCGUCAAGAUUCUCGGGACAACUUUUUGUACUGUCCAAAAGCUGUGGAACUCCAGCCUGAGGAUCAGAAGCAUUUCCAAUGGCAUUGGAUGAACGGUGAACCUGUGAUUGUCAGGAAUGUUCUUGAUACAACAUUGGGUUUGAGCUGGGAACCAAUGGUGAUGUGGCGUGCUUUUCGCCAGAUUAAAAAUGUUAACCAUCCAGUGCUGUUGGAUGUGAAAGCUAUAAGUUGCUUAGAUUGGUGUGAGGUUGAUAUUAAUGUACACCAGUUCUUUCGAGGUUACUCCAUGGGUACCUUUGACAGUUAUGGAUGGCCACGGAUUUUAAAGUCGAAAGAUUGGCCUCCAUCUAGUUUAUUUGAGGAGCAGUUACCUCGUCAUAAUGCUGAGUUUAUUAAUUGCUUACCUUUUAAGGUUUAUACUCAUCCACAUGGUGGGUAUUUAAAUCUUGCUGGCAAACUUCCAAAAAAUUUUUUGAAGCCAGAUGUGGGGCCAAAAACAUAUAUUGCGUAUGGAUUUGCUGAAGAACUUGGGCGUGGAGACUCUGUUACCAAGCUUCACAGUCAUAUGUCUGAUGUGGUGAAUUUGCUGACUCAUACUAAAGCAGUUGACCUACAACCUAAAGAGCUUUUGAAAAUUGAAAAAUUGAAACAGAAACAUGCUGCACAGGAGGAAAGAGAGCUAUGCAGAGAUGGAAAGACAUCUACCAUGCGAGAUGAGGCUGAAGGGAGAAUUUUCAGGAGUUAUUGUUCAAGAUUUCGACGAAUGAUGGGUAUUGAUGGUUUGAAAUUGCAUCCUGAAACCAGAGAACUCAAAUUAUUUGAUCAGGUUGUGGGAGGCUCGCAAAUUACUCUUGAGAAGGGAGGGAUGGAGAAUGGAGACAACACAGAUAAUGGAGAAGUUAAUCAUAAGACUAGGCCUAUUAAUACUAGUGCCAGUGGCAACGAUGUGAAGGAAGGUGAUAUAAGGAUGAGAGGAAGAAGCAAAGGAAAGAAUAAUAAAGCUGAAAAUGUUGAGAGAAAUAAUCUGAUUGAUGCUGCAAAUGUUGAUCAGGAAAAUCAAAAUUCUCCAAUCUCACUGGAAGUUCAGAGAAGUCGUGAUAUUGAGCUUGAAUUUGUGGAUGUGCAAAGUACAGUUGAAUCUGAUGAAACAAGUAGAGGGGGAAAAUUGGAUGAGUGGAAAAGGGAAGAAAUUGUUGAAGUGUUAAGAAACAAUGUAGCAGAUGUGGACAGUGGUGCUUUGUGGGACAUAUUCAGGAGGCAAGAUGUGCCUAAAUUAGAACAAUAUCUGAUGAAACACUUUAAGGAAUUCAGGCAUGUCUGUUGUCGUCCACUAGAACAGGUGGUUCACCCAAUACAUGAUCAAACUAUAUACUUAACCAUGGAACAUAAGAGGAAGCUCAAAGAGGAAUACGGUAUUGAACCAUGGACUUUCAUUCAAAAACUAGGUGAUGCUGUUUAUGUACCUGCUGGCUGUCCGCAUCAAGUCAGAAAUUUGAAGUCUUGCAUAAAGGUUGCCCUUGACUUUGUCUCACCUGAAAAUGUUAGUGAGUGUUUCCGUAUGACUGAAGAAUUCCGUGUACUUCCUCAGAACCAUAGAGUAAAGGAAGACAAGUUGGAGUGUCUAACUGCCUGCGGGGUUCCUUUCGGGACAGGUCAAGAAAAUGACAUACUACGCAAUGAGGCAAGCCGUCCUUGAUUUGGAGAAUAGUUAAUGGAAGCGGAUCUCUGCAUGAUUCUGCAUAUUCCGAGCGAACGACAGCUUUGUUAGCUUGUGGAGACAUCGUUUUGAAUCUAUUGUAUAUUUGUGACGCUAAAGAUUGAUAUUACUGAUGUUAGUGAUAGAAAUCCUAUUGUAGUAAUGAUGUUUUGUAACUAAACUUCUUUUGUCAAAUUCCAUCGGGGGUAAUGUAUUGCUGUAACAUGUUCAGAGCUGGUUUUUUUGAGUGCAAAAUAGCACGGCUUAAAAUUGUUGCAGUCGAUAUUCAGCAUGUGCUUCAUAAAGA